UUACUUGUAUAAUGUUAGUAUAAUGUUAAAAUUUAUUCUAUAUGAUCACUUUUAAAAAGAGUAAAAAAAAAAAAACAGUGAUAUAAAUGGAAUUCAAUCUCGAGCAUUCCCACCACCAACAUUAUUGUAUUGUUAAAUAAUUAUUCCUUUCAAUAGCUUUGGUAAGACUGUGGCAGGCAUGUUGGUUCCCUCUCACACUUUGGCCAUCUUUCUCAUCUCCUUUUCUCUCUUUCUCUCACACUAAAGCCUCUUUUUGCCUUUGGGACCUCCUGACAUGGUGUGUCACAUUGUCAGAAUUUGCACACUCUUUGUACUUCUGGAGACCAUCAACACUCUGAAUUUGCACUCUCAUUCACCUUUCUAUUUUACACUAAAUUGAUUUUUUUUACCUCAAACUACUUUCCACCUGCUCUCAAUCUCAGCUGGGUUUUUCUAAUUUUCUGGGUUUAUCUUAUUUUGGGUACCUGUAUAUCAGGUAUUCGACGUAUUGCCUCAAUGAAAUAGUUUAAGAUGAGGCAAUUUUUUCUGGGUUUUAUUGCCUUUUUCUUCUUGUGUAAUUCUUCUGCUGCUCUUCUUACUCCUGAUGGAGUUAAUUAUGAAGUUCAAGCUUUGAUGGAUAUUAAGGACUCUUUGAGGGACCCACAUGGUGUUCUUGAUAAUUGGGAUAGAAAUGCAGUUGAUCCAUGCAGUUGGGCUAUGGUUUCUUGUUCUUCUGAAGACAGAGUUGUUAGUCUGGGGAUACCAAGUCAGGGAUUGUAUGGGACACUUUCACCAAGUAUUGGGAACUUGACAAAUCUCCAGACUGUGCUUCUGCAGAAUAACAAUAUAUCUGGACAUAUUCCUGCUGAGAUAGGAAAGUUGUCAAAGCUUCAAACACUUGAUCUUUCUGUUAAUCACUUCAGAGGAAGAAUUCCCUCUUCUCUUUCCCAUUUGAAGAUCCUUCAUUACUUGAGGUUGAACAACAACAGUCUCUCAGGAGAAAUUCCCCUAUCUUUAGCUGACAUGAGCCAGCUUACAUUCCUAGAUUUGUCCUACAAUAAUUUGAGUGGUCCUGUGCCAAGAUUCCAAGCAAAAACAUUCAGUGUUGUAGGAAAUCCUCAAAUUUGUGCCACAGCGAGCGAGAAAGAUUGCUAUGGAAUUGCUCAGUUACCUCUUUCUUUCAAUGUGAACAAUUCAGCUAGUCCUCAGGCAGCUCAAAAACCUAAAGGUCAUGCUAAGCUUGCCUUGGCCUUAGGUUCAAGUUGCCUUCUGAUCUGUGGGUUUGGAUUCAUCUUAUGGUGGCGGUACAAGCACAAACGACAGAUGUUCUUCGAUGUUAAAGAUCGACAUUAUGAAGAUGUUUGCCUUGGAAACUUGAAGAGAUUCCAUUUUAGGGAACUUCAAAGUGCAACAAACAACUUCAGUACCAAAAACAUAAUUGGGAAGGGUGGUUUUGGGAUUGUGUACAAGGGACACCUUUCAGAUGGUAGUAUUGUUGCAGUUAAGAGGCUCAAGGAUGGCAAUGCCAUUGGCGGGGAGAUCCAAUUUCAGACUGAAGUUGAAAUGAUCAGUUUGGCUGUACAUAGGAAUCUGUUACGCCUAAAUGGCUUUUGUAUGACUGCCACAGAGAGGCUUUUGGUCUACCCUUACAUGUCGAAUGGAAGUGUCGCUUCUCGUCUUAAAGCAAAGCCAGCUCUAGAUUGGGGUACCAGAAAACGAAUUGCAUUAGGGGCAGCUAGGGGACUAAUAUACCUUCAUGAGCAAUGUGAUCCUAAGAUAAUACACAGGGAUGUUAAGGCAGCUAAUAUCCUGCUGGACGAUUGCUGUGAGGCCAUUGUCGGAGAUUUUGGUUUGGCAAAGCUAUUGGACCACCGGGAUUCACAUGUCACUACAGCUGUUCGGGGCACCGUGGGUCAUAUAGCUCCAGAAUACCUCUCUACUGGACAAUCUUCAGAAAAAACAGAUGUAUAUGGAUUUGGAAUCCUGCUCCUAGAGUUAAUAACUGGUCAGAGGGCACUAGAUUUUGGAAAAGCAGCAAACCAGAAAGGAGUUAUGUUAGAUUGGGUGAAGAAGAUUCACCAAGAAAAGAAGCUAGAGAUUAUGGUAGACAAGGAUUUGAAGAAUGAGUAUGACAGGAUUGAGCUUGACGAAAUAGUCCAACUAGCUCUUCUAUGUACUCAAUUCCUCCCUAACCAGCGACCAAGGAUGUCAGAAGUGGUAAGGAUGCUCGAGGGAGAUGGUCUUGCAGAGAAAUGGGAAGCUUCUCAAAGAGCUGAUUCCACAAGGAGCAGAGGCAACGAGUUCUCUUCAUCAGAGCGGUACUCUGACCUCACUGACGAUUCUUCGUUGCUUGUUCAAGCAAUGGAGCUCUCUGGACCUAGAUAAUAGUUCUUUUCCAAUCAGAGAACUACUAUAUAUUUUGCAUAGAGUUAGAGAUCAAGUUAAUUCAACAAGAUCGUGGAAUCAGACGAUCUGGUUUUCUUGUGCAUCAUCGUAAAUUAGUAAGUGAGCUCAGCAGAGUCUGUCUAUAACUUGGUAUUGUACAGAAUCAGAAUCCAGAAAUAGAACGAGGAAUUCAGGUGUGACCCACUUUCUUGACUGCAUGAAGAAUCUUGUUAAAGAGUGCAUCAAGUUCAUUAGAAUAGUGCAAUGUGAAAAAGGGUUCCUGUUUUUUUUUACCUUACAAUUUGUGAUAUCCUAGACUUGUAAGCAUAUAGAGUGGCAUUUUGAAAGGUGUAAUUUCCCAGCCAUACGUUAAAGAAGAGUGUAUAAUUAUAUUUAUAUAUUCGUAUUUGGUAGCUUCCUUUAAUGAAGAUACUGCCAGAUUGAUUGUGA